CCGGUUUCACGCACAAUCCCCAACUGUUGUAAUUGUCAAAGGAAAUUUCAUUACAAAUGAAUGGAAGCAUGUCAAACGUUGUGCCAGUCCAGAACACUUGAUAUGAAUAUUCACGAAUGAAUGGAAGCAUGUCGAACGUGCCGCAAUACAUACUUGGCAUCACACCUCGGUUACACCAACAGCCGAGUGACUUGCUCUAACUCUCCAAGUGUACGCCGCGCACCAUGCAUGGCUCGACGUAUAAAUGGCCAGUCAUGCAUCCGUUCUCCCCAGCCACCCAUCCUUACAACCAGGUUAGCAAGCAGUCUUGCGACAAUCUGCCAGUCAACCUAUCUGACAUCGUCCUCAUACAGAAACAAUGUCUUACACCAUCACAGUCCGAAUCAUCGACGCCACCACCGGCAACCCCGGUUUCAAGCUCGUCGAGAAAACCGUGUGGCACUAUGCCAACGGGGGGACGUGGUCCAACACGGAUUCUAUCGAGACCCUCGUCAUGGGCGGCAGCGGCACUUCUGGUGCGCUCCGCUUCAUAAACGGCACCGGGGAAGAGUUCCUCGUGACGCUAGGCAUCCACAACUACAAGAGGUGGUGCGAUAUCGUCACUGACCUCGCGCCUGGAGACACGGGCAUGAAGAUUCAGCCCGAGUACUAUUCGGAUUCCAGUGCCAGGAACCAGAUGCUGUGGAAGCAGCUGGACCACAUCCAGAAGAAGAGCGCAAAAGGAACUUCGGUGGACGUCAAGUACGUCGAGGAGGUCGGAAACUCCUUCGUCGUCCAUAUUUUCAUUUCCUGUUGAAUAUCCCGCGUGCAUUCUCAUACCGAAGGAGUCACAAAUGUAGGAAAGUUGUACGAUUAAAAUUGAAUGGAAAUAACGGCAGACAUCCCCUACUAUGCCUAAAUGCUUCGGCUGGUGCCUUCUUCUGCAUGAGAGCUCUGCAAGGUCCGCAUCGUUGAGUCCGACUGUAUGAUCUUGUUGGGGGUCUGCACCAUUACUUUAUGCUUGCUCUGUGGCAUAAAUCAGAUACAUACUGU